AUGGCGGAAGAUAGGAAAGACGAAGCCAAGGCACCACACUGGACUUCAGGUCAGCUAACAGAGGCCUCUUCGCACCCACAUUCACCUGAAAUUAAGGAGCAGGGUGGCGCGGGUGCCGGACUGGUCAGAAGUGCCAAUGGAUUUCCCUACCAAGAGGACGAGGAGCCGGGGCCAGGUGGCCGUGAGCAGCCGGGAACGUACGCUCGGACCAAAGAGAAUGGGAUCAAUGGAGAGCUGUCAGUGGGGGACAGAGAGACCGCAGAAGAAGUGUCUGCGAGGAUAGUACAAGUAGUAACAGCUGAAGCUGUAGCAGUCCUGAAAGGCGAACAGGAGAAAGAAACCCAGCACAAAGAUCAGCCGGGACCACUACCUUUAGCAGUCGAAGAGUCAGCCAACCUGCCUCCUUCCCCGCCUCCAUCGCCAGCGUCUGAGAAGACUGGAGCUCUGGAGGAAGCCACGAAGAUGGAAUUCCGCGUCCAGGAGGGCACAUGCCCUUUCACAGCAGAACCAUUAGACACAAAGCAACGUGAAUCUGGGAAAGACAGUAAGACUGGUGAGCAACCUAAACAUGAUGCCUUAGUUCCACAGCCAGCAAAACCAGAGGCUGUAGAUAAAAGUGAUUCACAGAGCAAAGACAAAGAAAAAAUGCCUUCACCUCUAUCAGCACUCGUCUUGGAAGCUGAUUCACAGAAGAAGGGGGAAGUCGGUUUUGCAGAACUUGCUGCCAAGCCUCCUCAAGAACAAAAGGACUUGUCAUCUGAACUGCCUAAAGGCAGCACAACGGAAGAAAGGACUGCAGAUGUGCCCUCAUCGUCCAGCCAAGUUACAUCUAUGACAUUUAAAGACGACCUUAAAGAUGUCCACAAUCUUGCCGUCAGCCAUGGUGAAAGUUCUCUGUUGCUAUCUGAACCCAAGGCAGAAGCAGCCAAAAGUGAAAUCCCUUCAGGCCUAUCUCCCGCUGUCUCCCAGGAGCUUCCCCUCAAAGACAGUUCCAAAACAAAACAGGAAAGCACUGACCAACUGUUUGCCAAAGACUUCACUAAAGAUGAUCCGAUCCACAGAGACAGGACGCUAGCUCUGCAGGAAGCCUCGGCGGUAACUGUAGAUGGCCUGAAAACACCAAGCACCCAGAAAAUCCCUGCGUGGGGGGAGGAAAAGGACAUGACCAAGGAUGAGAGUGAUGAAGAAGAAAGGUAUGACUUCUAUGAUAAAGGGGAGGCUCGAAUAUUAGAUGAUGGCAAAUUUACCUCAAAACCUGAAGUUAAGACGCUUUCUGCAGACAAAGCAGACUUUCAAAAGGAUGACGAAGCUAAAAAGUCACCUGAUAGUCUCAAAACAGAAAAAGGAAUGGACCAAAUUGGGCUCCUAGCAGCAACAGACAUGAAAAAGGAGGUGCAGCCAAGCACACAGGUACCCCCAGCCAAGUUAAGCCCUGAACUGACCUUUGAGAAAACAGCAGAGCAUCCUGAUACCACACAGUUAUCCAGAAUAACAGAGAAAGCCGCUGAGAUGCCAAGCUUAACCGCUGACAAAAUUCCUACUCUAGAACCUCCUCAAGAGAAAGAUGCUAAAAAAGAUACCAAGGAGGAUAAGGCAAGUGUUUCAGCUCCUAAUCAAAUGAAAGAGGAGGAGGAUAGAUCAGGAAUGUCGAAGUACUUUGAAACCUCUGCUCUGAAAGAGGAAGCCUUCAAAGCAGACGCUCUGAAACAGGGCAGCGAUUACUAUGAGCUAAGUGACACUAAAGAGAGUGUGUAUGAACAUUAUCAGACAGAUCGUCUGAUACCUGAAGACAAAGAGGAGGAGGAGGAAGAAGAAUUGCAGACAGAACUGGAUGAGCGUCAGAGUGUACCUGCUCGUGAAAUAGGGUACAGUACCCUGGCUCAGAGCUUUACACCAGACAGGUCUGAAGAACUGAGUUCCCCGACAGAAAGGAUGUUCACUAUUGAUCCCAAAGUCUAUGGGGAUAAGAGAGAACUCCACAGUAAAAAUAAAGAUGACCUAACUCUGAGCAGGAGCCUGGGGCUUGGGGGGAGAUCUGCAAUUGAACAGAGAAGCAUGUCUAUUAACUUGCCCAUGUCCUGCCUGGAUUCAAUAGCUCUGGGCUUUAGCUUUGGUCGCGCACAUGAUCUUUCUCCCCUCGCUUCGGAUAUUCUGACUAACACUAGUGGAAGUAUGGAUGAAGGUGAUGACUACUUGCCAGCAACUACACCGGCAGUGGAGAAGGCCCCCUGCUUCCCCAUUGAUAGUAGAGAGGAAGAUGAGCACAUAGAAGAAGAAGAAAAAGCACCGGCAGAAGAAAAAGUCCAGCCUGAGACCUUGGCCGAAUCACCUUUCCUGGCCAAAGACUAUUACAAAAAUGGGGCUGCCCUGGCUCCUGACCUGCCUGAAAUGUUAGACUUAGCAGGGACAAGAUCUAGAUUAGCCUCCGUGAGUGCUGAUGCUGAGGUGGCACACAAGAAGACAGUUCCUUCCGACACUGUUAUGGAAGACAGCGGCGCAGCCCUGCCACCGGUGACAGACGAGAACCAUGUAACUCUAAAAGCUGAAAGUCAGCUAGAAGACUUGGGCUACUGUGUUUUCAAUAAAUACACAGUCCCACUCCCUUCCCCAGUUCAGGACAGUGAGAAUUUAACGAGCGAAACCUGUCCCUUUUACGAAGGGACAGAUGAAAAACUGCGGCGUGGCCUGGCUCCUGACCUGUCCUUAAUAGAAGUGAAGCUGGCAGCAGCUGAAAAGUCGAAAGAAGAAUUCCUCGGUGAAAAAGACUUAGGUCAGCAUGCCACUGGAGAGUCCGCUCUGGCAAGAGACUUUGAGCAGGAGAAAAAAGAAAAGCUGGAUACUGUGCUAGAAAAAAGUGAAGAUCAAGUUGACUCUAAAGAGGUCUGUCCCAUUAAAGGUGCAGAGCCAGAGAAGACAAGACCUGAGGCAAUCCUAGAAAUGAAAGAAGAAAGUGGGGCUGAUAAGGUUCAUAUAACUGAUGAUAGUGUGUAUGACAGAAUACCAGCUUCAGAGAUAACGAUAGGAAAGGAUGCUGUUUCUGUGUUGAUGGAGAAGGAGAAGACUCUUAGUGUUGUUCCUGAAAUAGCAGAGAUAGAAGCUCCAAUAAAACCAGAUUACAAUGCCAUAAAGCAUGAUUUGGAAGUGGCUGCAAGGAGAGCUGACCAAGAAUAUCAGAGUCAGUUAGAUGCCAAGGUCAGUGAGGUGGUUUCUCUCCCGUCAGGGAAGGACAAAGCCUCUGUUAAAAGAGCAGAGCCUGAACCCAAAGACACUCCACAGAAAGAUGAGACCAUCUUGUCCAGAGAAGCAAAGGAUGCAGAUGUACUCUCCAAGAUCGAGCCUAGUUACGUGAAGGACAGCACCAAACUGUCAGAAACAGAAAUUAAGGAAAAAGUAACUAAGCCCGAUCUGGUACAUCAAGAGGCAGUUGAUAAAGAGGAAUCGUAUGAAUCUAGUGGAGAGCAUGAUCAAGCCCAAGAAGGUUUGAAUGGAGAAUCCUUGAAACCAGAGGAUACCAAAGCAGAGCCUCCAAAACCUCCUGUGUCUGGGGAAGAGACGCCUGCACAGUUACCAGCAAAGGAGCCUUCCGUGGAGCUCUUCCUUCCAAAAGCUGAGCCUCUCCAGGAAGAGCCUGCUGAGAUUCAGAUGGAGAGCAUACCACAGCCUGCAGAAGAAACUGCAAAGAUUCCUGAUACAGCCGCGAUACCUAUGGAAAUCCAAAAGCUCCUGCCAUGUGAAGUGUCAGCUGGGGCCACAAAAGGGGAAGAACAUGAGGAAGAAGAGGUAGAAGGAGGGCAAGAACAAAAAGAGGAGGAUAAAGAGCAUCUUCUAUCAGAAAUGCCCCCCGAAAUGGACUUUGGGAAGCCUGCUGCUGAAGAAAUGCUAGCCCAGGGUAGCCCAGAAGCACUGCCUGAACUGAAAGGCAUUAUUGAGUCAGUGGUGACAGUAGAGGAUGACUUUAUCACAGUGGUGCAGACAACAGUUGAUGAGGGUGAGUCUGCUUCUCACAGUGUCCGCUUUUAAGACAUCGAAACAGGGGACUCCCAGGCUGAGGAGGAGAUGGAGGUUGAGGAAGUGGCUGAGAUGCAAGUUGAGCCCAAAGAGGGCUCCCCAGAAGCUCCUGCUUCACCCCAGAGAGAAGAAAUCCUGCUCACCGACUACAAGACGGAGACGUGUGAUGAUUACAAAGACGAAACAACAAUCGAUGACUCCGUCAUGGACACCGACAGUCUCUGGGCAGAUACUCAAGAUGAUGAUAGGAGCAUCAUGACUGAACAGUUAGAGACUGUUCCUAAAGAGGAGAAGGCAGAGAGAGAAUUGCGAAGAUCAUCUCUCGAUAAGCAUAAAAAAGAGAAACCUUUUAAAACUGGGAGAGGCAGGAUUUCUACUCCUGAAAGGAAAAUAGCUAAAAAGGAACCUAGCACACUCUCCAGAGAUGAAGUGAGAAGGAAAAAAGCAGUGUAUAAGAAAGCUGAACUUGCUAAAAAAACUGAAGUUCAGGCCCACUCUCCCUCCAGGAAAAUCAUUUUAAAACCUGCUAUCAAAUAUACUAGACCAACUCAUCUCUCCUGUGUUAAACGGAAGCAGACAG